AUGUCGAACACCUCCGCCAACAUCCCUUCUUUCUCCCGGUCUGAUAUCCAGCUGCUGGUCAGCGGAUACAGACGGGGCGGCCUUCAUCUCUGGGGGCAAGUUGGCCUGUUCACGCAGGUGCUGGGGCUGGGCCCCAUGAACGACAAGUCGACCGCUGUGGUGGCGUGGGAGCUCUCCGAGCUCAUGGGGCAUGUGGUCUGCGUCGUUGACCCUUGCUCCGCCGCGCCUUGGUACUUGCGCAUAGUCCUGACGCCGGACUUCAUCUUCCUGGGCCUUCACUGGGCCGGUUCCAACUCGCCUGUUUCCCUUGGCGACUACUACCACUCCCUGGUGGAUGCCAUCCGACAUCGACCCCUAGCCAUGGGGGCGAUGGCAUGCCAGCAACUGGACUUCGACCAGGAGUGGCUCGACCUCCUCCGCGCUCUGGACGGGCACCUGGGCGGCAAGGCUGGCCACCUUCCGCCCAGCAUGCCAACCAUUCCUGCCGCCGUGCCGACGAUGCUCGCCAAUGUCACCAUCGUCGCCGCCGCCGCGCCAACCUUUGCGCCGCCUGCCGUCACCAUGGGUGACGUGCAAAUGGUGGAUGCCGGGGUGGAUGCCGGGGGUGUGGGAGGAGGAGUUGGGGGGUCCGGUGUGGCCCAAAUUGUCACCAGGGACGGCCGGGUGAUCACCCCGCAGUGGUCGGCGUCUUUCCCGCCACUGCCGGGUGGUCCUCGGAGGUAG